GAUGUGUUGCGAAGUGGUGAUCCUUGAUGUAACGACGUCGAUCACAGAACACAGCCUUGCGAGGCCUUCGCGGUAAUAAGCCCACCGUUUCGCAACACAAAUAUACAACUUCUAGAAUUUUCAUGUAGGCUUCAGUUCCUCACACCAAGCUAUUAUUGCUUCAAUUGCUUAAACGGCAGGAACGGUUCUGACCUCUUUAGAAUUCUCUGAAGCGAAUCUCAACACUCAGAUUUUCUUUGCGCCGCAAAGGACUACCUUACCGCCUGCACAUCUGAAUCUGCGAAUCGCAGCAGAAAAGAAAUAUUGCUUCUCAAUUGCUCUGCCAGCACUUCCAGCAAGCUGUUACAAGCUCUGCGCCAUGUUACGGCACGGCUCUGGCAACGCGCCACCAAAAAUCGCAAGUCGAACCUCCUCAAUAGACAAAGUACCCCAACUAGUCGGUCAAUUGAACGCAGAUGGGAUCGCAAGCCUAGAAGCAGACCCCGCAUACGCAAAGCCAUCUCGCUCGAACCCUCCUCGUUCACUGAAAACUGCUCUCGAUGCAGCAACCGAUUCGAGAAGGAAUAGCUCUGGGGAUACGACGAGCGAGACUAGCGAGGAGGAUUACGAUAAUUUGAAGCACGAUCCUGCGGCUGUGGUUGGUGGUGGGAAAGGGGGAGGGUAUGAGGAGGAGGUCGUGAGAACACAGAGUACGCCGGAAUUGGAUGGGAAUGGCAACGGACAUAAGAGUUAUGAAGCUUUGAAAGUGCCGCAUACGCGACCUGGAGCACCGAGGUUGAAAAGCAUACCUGUUACUUUGAAUAAGUUGAAGGAGAAGGGACGGUAUAUAUUGACGGCAGACGAUGAAGCUUUGAGGGAUAUCUUGAAAUCGGGGAUAGAGAGGCAGGAAAAGGAUCCGGCAGGAGCAAAGAAACGGCGAAGCAAGUUCAGUGAUUUAGUCUUCACAAGACAAUUUACUGCCUUUGACCGCCAAAACGCAGAUAGCGCCGAUUCAGCAUUCCAUGGAUUCUUCACGCUAUUCUGGUUGGGUACGGCUUUGUUUACUAUCAAGCUUGGAGCCGAGAAUUGGAGACAAUAUGGAAACAUCCUUGGUAGUAAUGAGAUCAUGGGACUUAUGUUUAGACGAGAUGUUAUGGUUCUAGGACUGUCCGAUGGAGUGCUUUGUGGUGCUACAGGCUUUGGUCUGAUCUUGCAAUGGAUGAUUUUCAAAGGGUGGAUCAGUUGGAACAGAGAGGGAUGGAUUAUACAAAGUGUUUGGGAGGCACUAUAUCUCGUUGCAGUCUUAGGAUGGACUUUGUUCCGAGAAUGGCCAUGGACACAUACAGUGUUCUUCGUGCUUCAUGGCAUUGUGAUGCUUAUGAAGCAACAUUCCUACGCUUUCUACAAUGGUCACCUUUCCGAGGCAUACAAGAUGCGAGCAACUCUUCUACGGAAGCUCAAACAGCUUGAAGCUAUUUCGCCUGUCAAAACGCCUUCAGACACAACCCCAAGAGCUUCUUCACUAGUAACUUCGUAUCUCGACCAACGACCUACAGCAACAGAUCUCAAUCAACGCCGUAAAAGUAUCUCUGGAGACGAUGGAGCUUCAAACAUCCUUCAGAUAGCCGCUGCCAUCGAAUCUGGCGAACCUCUGGACAUUGAUCAGAUUCAGACUUUCGAGCGAAUCAUCAAUUGGGAAAUUGAUGCUCUUUCAGAAGACCUAAAAGGCAAAUCCACCAAAGGAGGGAAAAUCUAUCCACAAAAUCUCACUGUCUCCAACCACUACGAAUUCAUCGUCCUCCCGACUCUAGUCUACGAACUCGAAUAUCCCCGCUCCGACUCAAUAAACUGGUACUACGUAGCCGAAAAAGGCAUCGCAGUAAUCGGUGUCCUAGGCGUAAUGAACAUGGUCUCGCAAGCCUUCAUCUACCCGGUCGUCAUCGACACCAUGGAGAUGAAAGAUGCAGGCCUCUCCCUCCCCGACCGCCUCGCCCACUUCCCCUGGAUCCUCAGCGACCUCAUCUUCCCCUUCAUGAUGGAGUACAUGAUGACCUGGUACGUCAUCUGGGAAUGCAUCCUCAACCUCCUCGCCGAACUCACCUACUUCGCGGACCGCGGCUUCUACGCCGACUGGUGGAACUCGGUCUCCUGGGACCAGUUCGCCCGCGACUGGAACCGCCCCGUCCACAAUUUCCUCCUGCGCCACGUCUACCAUUCCAGCAUCUCCAGCAUGAAGGUCAAUAAGUACACCGCGACGCUCAUCACGUUCUUCCUCAGCGCCUGCGUCCAUGAGUUGGUCAUGUGGUGCCUGUUUAAGAAGUUGAGGGGCUAUCUGCUGUUUCUGCAGAUGAUGCAGAUCCCGCUCGUGCAGCUGAGUCGGACGCGGUGGUUGAAGGGACGGGCGACGUUGGGGAAUCUGAUUUUUUGGAUCGGGAUCUUUACGGGCCCGAGUUUGCUUUGUAGUUUGUAUUUGAUUAUUUGA